CUUUCUAUGAUUUUACUCUUUCUCUCUCUAGAAGAAUUGGUGGAAGAAUAAUCAGUAUCCGCAGCUCACUUCUAGCUGCUCGUUGCUGUUUCAUCAGCAACUUGCACAAAAUCAGCGUGUAAAGAAACACGUUGAUUUUGAAGCAGACGAGAAUGCAGAGGGAAAUUUCAACCGCCGGCCGCGGAGGCGCGUUCAGCUACGACAACGGACUGCCAUCGCCGUCGGUACUCAGCCAGCCUACCGCCUUCGAUCUAACCUCACUCUACUCAUCGAUGUUCUUCCCACCUACCGGACUGUUACUCGACGACAGUCAACCGUCAACAGAGACAACAGUGACGCCGGUACUAACACCUCGAUUCCGUCAAAAUCACAGCUCUCAAUUGCUUAUCGACCAGCAUUAUCAACAAGAUCUAAUGGAUCGUCACAACAGAGUGUUAUCUCAGCUCCUUGAAACAGAGAAGAAAACUCUAGCUCUUCGUCAAGAGAACAUCAAUUUGAAAAUGGUGAAUUUCAAUUUGAACAAUCGACUGUCCUUGCUGCUGAAAGCUUCUUCGGAUUAUGGGCCUUCAUCGGGUUUGGGCCUGGAUAAUGGGCUGAGGAGGAUGCAUGUUGGUGUUGGACAUGAAGAGGAAACAUCCAGUGAUGAGCAUUCAUGGGAAGACGUAGUUGCGGAUCGUCAUCUAAGCCCAACUAGCGUGAUGGACUCGGGUCGGGCAGAUGGAGUGGAUCGGGUACUAUUACCCAAGAGUAUUUCAGUACGUUCUAAUGGUUACUUGAAAACAAAUCAUGCUGCUGGUGGAAGUAGGCCACAUAUUCGGACCAAAUCAUCAUCAGUCAACACAGCGCAAAGGGUAUAUGUGAAAGGAGGAAGCAAGAAGGAAGAGGAACCACUUGAAUUAGAUGUUUACAAUCAGGGCAUGUUCAAGACUGAACUGUGCAACAAAUGGCAAGAAACAGGGGCAUGUCCAUAUGGAGACAACUGCCAAUUUGCUCAUGGCAUUGAAGAGCUUCGUCCUGUCCUACGCCACCCACGCUACAAGACUGAGGUAUGCCGUAUGGUCCUUAAUGGUGAUCCUUGUCCUUACGGCCAUCGCUGCCAUUUCCGCCACAGUCUUACUGACCAGGAGAAACUCAUGAGAUCACUCAACAGUAAAAUGAGAUCAAACUAAUAGUGUAAUAAUUUGAGGCUUAAAUUGAAAGAUGUGUUUAUAACAAAGUAAAAUAAUUGAAUGAAUGCACAUUGAGAAUUAAAUUGACUCUGUAAGUAAAAGAAUAAUUGCAUCACAAGUACUCAAGAGAGCAGGAUGGUUGUGAAUUGUGACCAUAAAGAGAGUGGCUUGAUUGCAUACAAGGUGAAAUGGUAAAAGGGCAAAUUAUUUUCUUGUAAUUCUGUUUACGUUAAUGUGGUACAUUUGUUGAUACAUAAUGAUACUUCUAUGGAAGUGUUUUGUUUGUUU